CACCAGAGAUGCUGGUUUUGCUCAAGUUAAACCGACAUCAUGGUGUCAGAGAAAGAAGCGUUUGUGGCUGCUGCGGUUGUUGUUUUUGCCCUCAUUUCACAGACUGAGGGCAUAAUCGGUGGCAGAGAAGUAGUGCCACACUCUCGGCCCUACAUGGCCUCCAUUCAGAUACCAGGAGAGACCAUGAAACAUGAAUGUGGAGGGUUUGUGAUCGCUGAUCAGUGGGUGAUGACUGCAGUUCACUGUAUGCCAACAGGGCCAAAUGGAAGGAAAGUAGUGUUGGGUGUCCAUUCUCUGAGUGAACCUGAGGACACAAAGCAAACCUUUGACAUUUCGGAGCUUCAUAAUCACCCAGAUUUUAACCCAUCAAAUUAUGAUAAUGACAUUGCUUUAAUUAAAUUGGAUCGUCCAUUUAACAUCUCUGAAGCUGUUAAAACUGUGGAAUACCUGCGAGCGGGCGGAACAAACCCUGAUAAAGGUGCAGAGGUCGAAACAGCCGGCUGGGGAUCCAUCGACAACCUGGGGUUCAGACCUGACAAACUCAAAGAGGUGGUCAUCGGGGUAGUCAGCUCUCUUCGGUGCAAACGCAGCGACUACUUUGGAAGAAAGUUCACCGUUAACAUGAUAUGUGCACAAAAAGUAUGCAAUAACCCUUGUGAUCAACCGUAUAAUGUCGAAGACAGUUGUGAUGGUGACUCUGGAGGUCCUCUUCUUUACAACGGCAUUGCAGUGGGCAUCACCUCCAAUGGAGGAAAGAAAUGUGGCCAAAUUAAAAAGCCUGGGAUUUACACUGUUAUCUCGCACUACACUGAGUGGAUUGAUAACACCAUGGGCCUGCAGACCGCUGAGUCAGACGAGAGCACCUAAACAGAAGUUACAGUUUUCAUAAGCAGUCAAGUUUCCAACACAGUCCUGCUUACUAACUGCAGCUGAGUCACUCAUAAUUCAAGGAUAUGAGACUUUAUAUGUUGGAAAUCUUACUAUUAUGCUAUUAUGGACAAAAGUAUAUCACAUUUACAGCUAAUGUUUGGCUUUAGAGACGGAUCUCCUGUAUGAUGAAUGUACAACAACCACCUGCACAAAUAAUCAUAAUAAUGUAUUUCACAUGAUUUUUUCAUACCACUUUUUAGAAGAAUCAAUAAAAAAACUCAUUAUCACAUCAA